CCCAGCCGUGUCCCCGCAGUGACCCACCGGUGCCGGUCCCGGUGCCGUGCCGUGGCGCAGGAUGCUGCGGCGCUCCUGGCGCUCGCUGUUCUCGGGCCGGCUGCUGCUCCUCACCAACACCCUGAGCUGCGGGGGGCUCCUGGCGGCGGGGGACAGCCUGCAGCAGCGCUGGCACCGCCACCGGCACCCCGAGAGCCCCGUGCAGCCCGCGCGCACCGGGCGGAUGUUCGUGGUGGGCUGCAGCCUGGGGCCGCCGAUGCAUUUCUGGUACCUGUGGCUGGACGCGGCGUUCCCCGCCCGCGGCGCGCGCUGCCUCAGGACGGUGCUGAAGAAGGUGCUGCUGGACCAGCUGGUGGCCUCGCCCAGCCUGGGGGCCUGGUACUUCGUGGCCAGCGGCACCCUGGAGGGCCAGACUCUGCAGGAGAGCUGGGACGAGCUGAAGGAGAAAUUUUGGGAACUGUACAAGGCCGACUGGAGCGUGUGGCCGGCGGCGCAGAUCCUCAAUUUCCUCUUCGUGCCGCCCGCCUACCGCGUGUUUUACGUCAACGUGGUGACCCUGGGCUGGGACACCUACCUGUCCUACCUCAAACACCGGCCGCGCAGCGCCAGCGCCUAGAGAGGGACGGGGCUCCAGAGGAUCCUGCCAGACGGGUUCUGGGCAUCCUGGAUUUCUGGGCAUCCUGGAUUUCUGGGCAUCAAACCUUUCCGGGCAUCCUGGAUUUCUGGGCAUCCUGGAGCACCCCAGCCAGACCCAGCACCUGCCGCUGAUUAACUCAUCUGCUAAUUACAGAUGAGCUGGGGUCGUAAGAACCUCUUGUUGCAGGAGAACCUCUGAAGUGAUUUCUUGGUGAGGAGGAGCUGCUGCAGCCCCUGGGAAAGGUCCUGGCUGGAUUUGUUCCCUCUCCAGAGCAAACCAGUCCCUUGCUGCUCCAGCACCUUCCGUUCACCUGGAUCCCCAGCACGGAGAUUUUGGGAAGGAAUUCUUCCCCGUGAGGGUGGGGAGGCCCUGGGAUGGAACUCCCGGAGCAGCUGUGGCUGCCUCUGGAUCCCUGGAAGUGUCCAGGGGCAGUUUAAGGUGUCCCUGCCAUGGCAGGGGUGGGAUGGGAUGGGAUUGAAGGUCAUUCCAAGCCAAACCCGCUCCGUGCUCCGCUCUGGCUGCCCCUCUGCUCUCCCUGCAGCUCCUCACUCCUUCCCCUGCUGCUUUUUCUCCUCCAGCUCAGGGAUAAAAUCAUUUCCCCCGAGCUGCCUCAGCUCCCCCGGCUGCGGGCGGGGGCUGCAGCCACCUGGAUCCUCUAUAAAUAGGGAUGAGAUUGCGCCCGCCGGCUCUGCGGCAGGAGGGGGGGGUUGGAGCCAAAUUUUGGCAGAUUUUGGGCCAUCACAUCCCUCUGCUCCCAGCCCUGGGCAAGCUGGAUGCUCCCUGCAUAAGCCCAAGAAGUGAAUUAUUGCCAGUGGCAAGGAAAAUUGCCUGAAUGGGAUUUUUUUUUUUUUUUCCCUUGAUUUUUAAAGCUGUGCCUUAAUGCUGUGCCCUGGUCCCUGCUGCCACACACCCGGGGCAGCAGCAGGGAGCCAUUUGGGGGAUGAUAAUUUAAAAAUUCCAAUUAAUUUUGCUCCUCUCUGGCAACUCAGGGACCCCGAGGAACUUCUGAUCAGCAUUGGUUUAUUUCUUCACAACAUUUCUUUUAAUACAGUGAUUUUUAGGAAAUUGUACUCUUUUUUUUUUUUGACACUUUUGACAUUUGUACAGUACAGUGUAACUCUUCCAUAAGUAAACUUCACAAAAAAGAGGAGGGGGGGGGGAAAGGGGAGGGAAGGAGAUGGAAUCAUGGUUGGGAGGGGAGGAAAUAGAGGGAAAUCUGUAAAAUAAAGACACAGCGCUCCAGGAAAAAUAAAUAAAAGGGCAGCUCUGUCAUGGCUACGGGAAUAUCCACUUAUUCACAGUCUCCACAGAAGCACAGAACUACAGGAACACGAGAUCCCAAAUCCCUGGAGCAAAGCAGCCACGAUCUAACCCUGCUCACCCCCCACGAGCCCACCCCGGGGCCGAUUCGCUCCAGUUGGCUCGGCCUCGCUGAUGGAUCGAAUCAAUUUCUCAUUUUAAAUCUUAUUUCAAUAAUAACAGCUUUGUUGUCGUUUGGUUGUGGGGGUGGGGGUGGGUUUUUGUUUUUUGGGGGGUUUUUUUUGUGUUUUUUUUUUUUUUAAUGUGAUAUUCACAAGCAAGGUUAUCACACCGAGAGAAACAAAAAAAAAAAAUCAGAAUAUAUAUAUAUAUAUGUAUAUAAAUGCACCACCACGGCCACAGCACAGCAGGUCACGCGCACAGCGUCACUUCCUACGCCUAUUUACAAGGAAUUUCUGUAUGUACAAGGAGGAAGACGGCGGGAGCAUAAAUUAGCAUCUAUUUAUACAAAUAAACAAGAGUCAGGAAAUAUCCAUCCAGCUGGAGGGGCAGGAAAGCCGGGCACGGAGA